AUGGCCAGUGCCAGUAUUCGUCGAAAGCUCGUCAUCGUCGGCGACGGCGCCUGCGGCAAAACCUGUCUUCUCAUCGUAUUCUCCAAAGGCACCUUCCCAGAGACCUACGUUCCCACCGUAUUCGAAAACUACGUGACCGACGUGCAAAUCGAUAACAAUACCGUCGAGCUUGCGUUAUGGGAUACAGCGGGACAAGAAGAUUACGAUCGUCUCCGCCCACUAUCAUACCCCGACUCACAUGUUAUCCUCAUUUGUUUCUCCAUCGACUCGCCUGAUUCGUUGGAAAACGUUCAGGAAAAGUGGAUUCAAGAGGUUACCCACUUCUGUCAUGGCAUGCCCAUUAUCCUUGUGGGUUGUAAGAAGGAUUUGCGUCAGGACCCGGGCACGAUUCAGGCGUUGCGGAAAAUUUCCCAGAGUCCUGUUACGAGUGAACAGGGUGUGAAUGUUGCUAGGAAGAUUGGGGCUUAUAAGUACUUUGAGUGCUCUGCUCGUUCGGGUGAGGGUGUGAGAGGGGUCUUUGAGGCUGCUACUCGUGCUGCCUUGACGGUGAAUAGCAGACCUAAUAAGCUCAGGGGUAAAAAGCGCUGCACGUGCUUGAUUCUAUAA